UUAAUUAUUUGGUUUCGGUUCCCAUCAAUUUCUCCAAUCUCUCCCCCGCCUAAACUAUGGAGAAAAGUGCAGAAACAAAUACGGCGUCGACGGCGGUGGUGGUGGGUAGUUCUUCCCCAUGUGCGGCUUGUAAAAUUCUCCGGCGGAGAUGCCGAGAGAAUUGUGAAUUAGGGCCCUAUUUUCCUUCAAUGGAACCUCUCAAAUUCACUAUCGCCCAUAGAGUCUUUGGUGCUAGCAACAUUAUCAAGUUGCUUCAGGAUCUUCCUGAAUCACAAAGAGGAGAUGCUGUGAACAGUAUGGUAUACGAGGCAAGUGCAAGAAUAAGAGAUCCAAUCUAUGGAUGCGCAGGCUCAAUUUUCCACCUCCAAAGACAAAUAAAUGACCUACAAGGCGAGUUAGCCAAGGCUCAAGCAGAGGUUCUCAGAAUGCAUUGUCAACAAGCCAAUUUGAUGACUCUAAUUUGGAAGGAAUUGGGUCAAGUGCCACAACCACCAAUGCAUGAUCAUCAAUCACUUAACGACCCUUACAACAUUGCUAGCCCUCAAAGUUAUCACUCCUAUUCAUACUUAUUUGAGGAGUGUAAUGUUUUGGAGCCCAUGUGGACUUGAAAUAGUAUUUAAUCUAGUUUAGAAUCAACGAGUUAGAUUAGACAUUGAGACAUUACCUUCAAAAGAUUUCGUACUUAAAUACUUCAGUAAUCAAGAUGCUCUAAAUAACGACUAAGUACUACUCUUUCAUAUAUUUGACUUUAGUAGACUCGUUAGAAUUUUUUUAUAUAUACUUCUCAUCUAGUUCCUUUAGUUUCUUUGAACUCCUCUCAAUUCUUAUCAAAUGAAUGGAAAAAAUAGUCUCAAAAUCUCAUAGAAAAACAAUACUUUAGUUAUAAAACAGGCCACACAUUGUAUUCUCAAUUUCUCUCUAAAUCAAUAUAUUAUUUUCAUGUCA